CUUUCAUUCUCGGCGCUCAAUGAACAAUAUGAAAGACACCUGACCCGAUAUCCCGCUGUCUGCGCUGCCAACACCGCCCGACUAAGAGAACCCGACGUCGAAAAGCGCAUGAGAUAUGGGAGCGAUUCUACUGGUACAGACCAGUACUUCGGCUACUCACUCAGGACCUGGUCUUCGAUUUCCAUUCGUCACGGACUCCGCCCAUGAGUCGAUGUGCAACAUCAAGUAUAUACAUCACGGAAGAAGAAAAGCUCGCCAGUCUCAUCUCCUUAGCGCUGCGCUGCGCAGCUCCUCUGUCAUCGGCUACGUGCUUUCAUCGCCCUUCUUUCAUAACGACGUAUCUGCAUCCGUAAUCUCGGUCUUUGAUGUCGCUAGAUACCCACUGUUGGUCCUCGACUGCCUUGGGUGCACAAUGAAUAAAGAACGAGAUGCUCCGGAUUCAGUAAGGAAUGAAAUGAUGGCUCUCCUUAUACCAUCCUGGAUUCCCAGCGUGCUCCGUGAGACAAGCCAAACUCUUCUGGACAUACUAACAAUAUGGUUCCUGAGCCAUGUGACGAUCGGCUAAAUCCUCAGCACAAUACCCUGCUCGCCAUACCUCAUCCAGGGUGUGCUACAGCACGACAGCAGUGUAGCCGCUACCAUCCUGGCUUCUCCAAUCGUAAUGGAGGGUUCUCGGUCUGCAAUGCGUGCAACACGGACGGACUGCAUGUGUUGGAGCUUCACGGACCUCCUAAUGAACUGAAUCGGCGGCGUCUCCGGACCGUAGGACCACCUCGAAUCCAGCCUUUCACUAUUCCUCCAAACUGGCAAACUCCUCUCGAGUUUGUGAGUGGUCAUGUCACUCCAACAGACCCUCCCAGUUAUCGACACAAUCAAUUCUUGACCAGGAUGUGUCGAAAGUGCGCGCGAAUCGAGCAGACGUUGGCACAAGCACGGUACGAAGCAUGGGUUCAGGCCCCAGGCUGUGAUCUCAGCUAUCUGCCCGGAACGAACGAAAUGAUAGAGAAAUCCCAGUGGUACAGUUAUCCUUGGUCGUCCUGUACAUGCUACUCCAAGCUUAACCUCGCUCGACCAGCACGACUGCCUGAUCGGACUGGUCCGACCGGACAGGAUGGACUUCCCAUCCCACAGGACGGUCAUCGUAGCUGGGAUGUCCGUAGACUACGACUUUGUCAUACUCAUCGAGAAGCUAAAUGGAAGGAAUUGGAGGGGGCUAGGAACCAAAACGAUAUUUGGUUGCAGAACAUACAUCUCGUCACGCCCGACGGGACUGCUCUACGUCAAGCCACCGCAGCAGAGAUGCAGGAUCGUGUUAUUGGAGCUGGAUCUUGGCGCGCGUGCCGAUGCGGAGCGGAAAUCGACCACUAUGGCGCCUCUGGUAUCGAAGGGUAUCCCCCCGAGAUCUAUCAGUGUUUGGCUUGCGAAGGCACCAUCAACACUGUAGACCAGAACAACCCUACAGGUCAUAUGUAUGCGCCUGCUCCCUGGCUUCGGAGCCACAGACCCGCAACUCUCAAGUUGGGCAGAUUCAGAAACCUCAAUCGGGAGGAAAUAGUCGAUCCAAGGUAGCUUGACCAGCAAGGUCUGGCUUGACAGGAUUCAACUUGACGUGAAGCAGUUACCACGGGUGGAAAUGUGUCUUUUGAUGUAAUGAUUAUUGUAUUUCUAUUAGUUCCGUAG